CGGAUAUUGAACAGACAACGGGUGCAGCACAGGAUCCCAUCGGAACAAGGCCAGAUCGCCAGCGCCUCCCCGCUCGAUCCAGCGCUAGCGCCCGGUCGCUGGCCCCGGCCAUGGAUCCCUACAAGCACCGUCCGACGAGCGAGGCCAACUCUGGCUACUGGACCACCAACUCCGGUGCGCCCGUCUGGAACAACAACAACACCCUCACCGUAGUGAGCGGCUUCAGCUUCGCCUGCUGGUCGUCUGCGCCGGAUGCCGCGCCCGGGACCGCCGGUGGCCUCGAGGACGCCGCCCAGGCUCAAGGCGUACGAGGGCGUGCUGCCGCCGUACGACAGGACCAAGCGCAUGGUCAUCCCUGACGCGCUGAAGGUUCUGAGGCUGCAGCCUGGGCACAGGUACUGCCUCCUCGGCCAGCUCUCCAAGGAGGUCGGAUGGAACUACGCUCACACCAUCAGGUUGGCUGUUACUUCUCUGGUUUUAUAUUGAGUUUGGGAAUUUGGUAUUGAUGAUAGUCCGGCGACUCUGUCAUUUGAUGCACAAGUCCAUGCACGUCGGCUCUCUGGGUAAGAGAACUUGUCUCCGCUGCAGAUGCAGUUAUUGAAUGACAGUAGAGCAAACUAAAUUUUAACAAUUCUAUCUUCCGCGAUUAAAACAAAUCCACGACAAAGUUGCAGCAAACUAAUGUUAUCAGUUCUAUCUUCUGUGAUCAAAACAAACCCACAGCAGUUUUCCAAUGUCAGUAGCAGCAAACUGAAUUUUAUAAUUAUAUCUUCUGCGAAGUUUAGGUGCAAUGUGUUGCAGUGAAGUAUUUUGCAUGUCCUGCACUUGUGCAAUGGAUUUUCAUAUUGUGUCUCUGUUUUCUUGUAUGAAUGAGUAUCUCAUUUUAACUAGCUGGAGAACAAAAAGCAUGGUACUAGCUGAAUUUGUGUUGGCAUUCUUAAUAACUGUCCUUUUUUGAAAGGUCUGCUCAUAGUAUAUUGGCUCCAAUUUGUUUGAUUCUUUUCUGUUGAUUCAUGUAACAGGUCGUCCAGUAAAGCUGUCGAAGGAGCUUCAUGCUGAAGAACAUAACACUUAUAGAGCUUGUAAAAUACUGUAUCUCAUUAUUGAACUUGUGGAGCUUGUAGCUGUGACUGGCAUACUGUUAUUACACUUGCAGAGCUUGCAAAGUGUAUGUUAGAGCUUAUUAUGUGUUAUUUGUACAGCAGGAGCUUUGUAUUGAAUCUGGCUGAUAAUAUUUGAAGUGUUACUUGUAGAAUUGUUUUGUCCGGCGACUCUGCCAUACUGGGUAUUUAUUUAUGUUAAAUUGAAAAAAAUGAAGAAUAUGACCCUGACAGCUAGGGCCCAGUUACCAGAACCUGAAAACAGGGACCCAUUUUAUAAAAAAAGA